AUGGCGCACGCUGGCGGCGGCAGCGGCGGUGGCGGCGGCGGUGGCAGCGGCGGUGGCCCCGCGGGCCGGGGGUUGAGCGGCGCCCGCUGGGGUCGCUCGGGCUCCGCGGGCCACGAGAAACUGCCGGUGCACGUGGAGGACGCCCUUACCUACCUGGACCAGGUGAAGAUCCGCUUCGGCAGCGACCCUGCCACCUACAACGGCUUCCUGGAGAUCAUGAAGGAGUUCAAAAGCCAGAGCAUCGAUACACCUGGAGUCAUCCGACGUGUGUCGCAGCUCUUCCACGAACACCCUGACCUCAUUGUUGGAUUCAACGCUUUCCUUCCCCUCGGGUACAGAAUAGACAUUCCCAAGAACGGCAAGUUAAACAUACAGUCGCCUCUGUCUAGCCAGGAGAAUUCGCACAACCACAAUGACUGUGCGGAGAACUUCAAGCCGCAGAUGCUGUAUAAGGAGGACAAGCCCCAGGUGCCCUUGGAGUCGGAUUCCGUGGAGUUCAACAACGCCAUCAGCUACGUGAACAAGAUUAAGACCCGUUUUCUAGACCACCCAGAGAUCUAUAGGUCAUUCCUGGAGAUACUGCACACUUACCAGAAGGAGCAGCUGAGCACGAAGGGGCGGCCUUUCCGAGGCAUGUCCGAAGAGGAAGUGUUUACCGAGGUAGCCAACCUCUUCCGGGGCCAGGAGGACCUGCUGUCCGAGUUUGGACAGUUCCUGCCUGAAGCCAAGCGGUCCCUGUUCACAGGAAAUGGGCCAUGCGAAAUGAACAGCGUCCAUAAGAGUGAGCAUGAGAAGAACCUGGAACACAGCAAAAAGCGCUCUCGGCCCUCACUCCUCCGUCCGGUGUCUGCACCAGCCAAGAAGAAAAUGAAACUCCGAGGUACCAAAGACCUGUCCAUUGCUGCUGUGGGGAAGUACGGCACCUUGCAGGAGUUCUCCUUCUUCGACAAGGUUCGCAGGGUGCUGAAGAGCCAGGAGGUCUACGAGAACUUCCUGCGCUGCAUCGCGCUCUUCAAUCAGGAGCUCGUGUCUGGCUCCGAGCUCCUCCAGCUCGUCAGCCCGUUUCUGGGGAAAUUUCCAGAACUCUUUGCACAGUUCAAGUCCUUCCUGGGGGUGAAAGAGCUGUCAUUCGCCCCGCCCAUGAGCGACAGAUCCGGGGAUGGAAUAAGCCGGGAAAUUGACUACGCGUCUUGCAAGCGCAUUGGAUCCAGCUACCGAGCGCUCCCCAAAACCUACCAGCAGCCCAAGUGCAGUGGGCGGACGGCCAUCUGCAAGGAGGUAGUGCUCCCCGGCGGCUCCUGUCAGCUUACGUGGUGCAUCACCCCCCACGCCAGUUCUUGCUGGAUUUCAGGAUACAUAGUUCUGAAUGACACCUGGGUCUCCUUCCCCUCGUGGUCAGAGGACUCCACUUUCGUCAGCUCCAAGAAGACGCCCUACGAAGAGCAGCUGCACCGCUGUGAGGACGAGCGUUUUGAGUUAGAUGUCGUCCUGGAGACCAACCUGGCCACGAUCCGUGUGUUGGAAAGUGUGCAGAAGAAGCUCUCGCGGAUGGCGCCUGAAGACCAGGAGAAGUUCCGGCUGGACGACUGUUUGGGGGGCACGUCGGAGGUGAUCCAGCGCCGCGCCAUCCACCGCAUUUACGGUGACAAGGCACCAGAGAUUAUCGAGAGCCUCAAGAAGAACCCAGUCACUGCCGUCCCUGUCGUCUUGAAAAGGCUGAAGGCUAAGGAGGAGGAGUGGCGGGAGGCCCAGCAGGGCUUCAACAAGAUUUGGCGGGAGCAGUAUGAGAAGGCCUAUCUCAAGUCCCUCGACCAUCAGGCCGUAAACUUCAAACAGAACGACACCAAGGCCCUUCGCUCCAAGAGCUUACUCAACGAGAUCGAGAGCGUCUAUGACGAGCACCAGGAGCAGCACUCUGAGGGCCGGAGCGCCCCCUCCAGCGAGCCACACCUCAUCUUCGUGUACGAGGACAGACAGAUCCUGGAGGACGCGGCCGCCCUCAUCAGCUACUACGUGAAGCGGCAGCCAGCCAUCCAGAAGGAGGACCAGGGCACCAUCCACCAGCUGGUGCACCAGUUCGUGCCCAGCCUCUUCUUCUCCCAGCAGUUGGACCUGGGGGCGUCUGAGGACUCUGCCGACGAGGGCCGGGGGAGCCCCCAGGGGCAGGGCGCUGACGCCAGCGACCGAAAGAAGCCGGCACCGGGGCCGCAGAGCAGCCCCCCGGAGGAGAAGGGGGCCGUGGGCGAGACACUGGCCGCCGAGCAGCCGCCACCACCGCCGCCGCACAAGCCCCUGGACGAUGUGUACAGCCUCUUCUUCGCCAACAACAACUGGUACUUCUUCCUGCGCCUCCACCAGACCCUGUGCUCCAGGCUGCUGAAGAUCUACCGCCAGGCGCAGAAGCAGCUGCUCGAGUACCGGACCGAGAAGGAGAGGGAGAAACUGCUCUGCGAGGGCCGCCGGGAGAAGGGCAACGACCCCGCCAUGGAGCUGCGGCUGAAGCAGCCAAGUGAGGUGGAGCUGGAGGAGUACUACCCGGCCUUCCUGGACAUGGUGCGCAGCCUGCUGGAGGGCAGCAUCGACCCCACGCAGUACGAAGACACGCUGCGCGAGAUGUUCACCAUCCACGCGUACGUGGGCUUCACCAUGGACAAGCUGGUGCAGAGCAUCGCCAGGCAGCUGCACCACCUCGUGAGUGACGACGUCUGUCUGAAGGUGGUGGAGCUCUACCUGAACGAGAAGAAGCGGGGGGCCGCCGGGGGGAGCCUGUCCUCCCGCUGCGUCCGCGCCGCCAGGGAGACCAGCUACCAGUGGAAGGCCGAGCGCUGCAUGGCAGACGAGAACUGCUUCAAGGUCAUGUUCCUCCAGCGCAAGGGGCAGGUGAUCAUGACCAUCGAGCUUCUGGACACCGAGGAGGCCCAGACUGAGGACCCUGUGGAGGUCCAGCACCUGGCUCGCUACGUGGAGCAGUACGUGGGGACCGAGGGGGCGUCCAGCUCGCCCACCGAGGGCUUCCUCCUGAAGCCCGUGUUCCUGCAGAGGAACCUCAAGAAGUUCCGCAGGUGGCAGUGUGAGCAGGUGCGCGCUCUGCGCGGCGAGGCCAAGAGCUCCUGGAAGCGGCUGGUCGGGGUGGAGAGUGCCUGCAACGUGGACUGCCGCUUCAAGCUCAGCACCCACAAGAUGCUGUUCAUCGUCAACUCCGAGGACUACAUGUACCGCCGCGGGACCCUCUGCCGGGCCAAGCAGGUACAGCCCCUGGUCCUGCUGCGCCACCACCAGCACUUCGAGGAGUGGCACGGCCGCUGGCUGGAGGACAACGUGACGGUGGAGGCAGCUGGCCUGGUGCAGGACUGGCUGAUGGGCGAGGAGGACGAGGACAUGGUACCCUGCAAGACGCUCUGCGAGACAGCGCGUGUGCACGGGCUGCCCGUGACCCGCUACCGUGUGCAGUACGGCCGCCGCCCAGCCUCACCCUAACCCCCACGUGGCUGCCGCCUCGGCCCGGAGCAGCCCCGGGGCCUUUUCACGAACAACCCGAGGGGAGCAGUGUGUCCCCUAGCCUUGCUGCCACAGGCUGCGAGCGCCGGAGCGUGAUGGGGUCGUGUUGGCUUGUGGCCCUGUGCCGCCAUCCCUUUCGGCUUCCCUGCUUCCUUUGGGCCUAUCCUGUGCCAAACCUGAGCCCCUCCUGCCCUUGACCUCUGGGGGUUCACUCCCUGCUGGAAGGAGGAGGAGCCACACACUGGCCCAGGAGCAAGCAAUCGCCUUUAUGCACCUGCUGGGCCGCUUUCGUCACACGUGCCAAAUCCCAAGACGGGGGCACCAUUGGUCCCUUUGUGCAUACAGUGUCUGGAAAAGUCUGUGCUGAACCAUGUGCUUGGUUGGGGGUCGGCGUUCAGGAGACCCCAACAUUGAAGGAGUUGGGCCGGGGUGGAUCUGCUUGAAAAGCACAUCCUUCCUGAACGGUUCUGAAAGUUUCUGGAAACUUCCCGAGCUGGGCCCUGCCUGCAUCUGAUCGUUGGGGCAUGGGCUAGGUUCAGCUGAUGCUCGGGGUCCUUGGUCACUUUGAAAGCAGGAAGGGCCCUUUCAGCCAAACUGUUGAGAUUCUGCUCUGUUGUCAAGAUGUGGAGUGGGCAGGCAGUACCAGAACUGUCGAGAAGACCCCACUCUGGAAAAAAUGAGACUCCAAACCUAUAUUUUCCUGGCCUCUCAAGGGGAGGGGGCUCAGCCUGAAACUCCCAGUGAGCUCAAACGGCCCACACUGAGAGGGCCCAGGGGUGCCCUGUACCUAAGAAGGACAUUCUAGAAAUAUAUAUAUGCACACAUAUUUAUUCAUAAGCUCUCUUAGUGGUUGUAACUUCUGUAACAGCCAAGUCCCUUGGUUCCUUGGGCAGUGAGAGCCUUCAUGGGACUCUGCAGAUCUGUCCUUGACAUUGUCAUUCCUACAGCCAGUGCCUGGACAGGGUAUGGGCAUGAGGGGCUGAGGCAACUGUCAUACAGAGGUGUGCAAGGCUUUCUAUGCCAAGAAUGCCAAGCGGUUCAGGCCGGGGACCAGCUCUUUAGAAUUCUUGCACCCUGAGAGGCCCUAGCUGGGCUCCUGGCACCCUCAAAAGGGGAUUGACCAACGGGGUGGACCAGAACCAUCCUCGUGUGCAGCCUUCCUCCCACCCACCCAGUGACAGCCCUCACCCUCCCAAAAACUGAGCUGUGCCAAAUCCGCGGUUCUGGGAAGUAGAGACAUGUUUCUGGAAGUUACCUGUGGAACUCAAGAUUUGCAAAGCCUUUGACUUGGGGUCUGGGUGAUUAUAGGGCCAGUGUGCCCUGCCCAGGGUCUCCUAGCCCGUGUUUGCUCAAGUCUACCAGGCACUUUGUCUACAUCCUUGUUUUGUAAGAAGGGAACUUACCGGAAUUCCUGAACCAGACCCUCCCGGCGCCAUCCUCGGGAGCCCGUGGCCCCUGCCGUGCCUCCGUGUGGGCCUGGGGUGCGGGCCACACCCCGCCGAGCCCCACCCUGCAUGCUUCUAGGGAGCCUCUCUUCUGUUUUUGAAGAAUUUCUGUUCUGGGGCUUGUACUUCCUUUGCAGCUGUUUUGAAUGUAGUUUUCCUUUUCUAUUUAUUUGCACAUUAAAGUUAAAAAUUAAAUAUUG